AUGUACAUACACAGAAAUACACACGUACGUAUGUACAUACAUACAUACAUACAGACACAUGUACACACACGUACGUAUAUACACACACACAUGUACACACAUACAUGUACAUACAUGCAGACACAUGUACAGAUACACACAUGUACAUACACGCAGACACAUGUACAAUUGUACAUGCAUACACAGACACACACACAUGUACACGGACCCCCACCAAUAAAAAGUUGCAAUACUUUGUUGUUCACUCACAGAGCGGGGUACUGCACUCUAGGGGGAGGCAGAGAGCACAGCACACAUUCCUUCCUUUGCUUUCACUGCACUCAGCUAUUGAGCAGUCUGACGGCUCUCAGUGCCAAUGACAGGUCCGGCCUGAGCUCCAAGCCUCCUCAGCAAGACGGCCCUGGGGGACACACUUGCCCCCACCAUAAUUUCCACUCGCCAUUGGCGAGCAGGCGAGUGAAAAUUUCAAGCCCUCUACUA